CAUUCACAUUAAUAAAGUUAGAAAUGGUAGAAGAAAUGAUGAACAACAAACAGAUCAUUCUAAAACAUUAUGUGGAAGGUUAUCCUAAGGAAUCUGAUAUGGAAUUUAAGAAUAACAACAUUAAAUUGAAUGUUCAAGAAGGUUCUAAUGUUGUUGUUUUGAUGAAUCUUUACUUGUCUUGUGACCCUUACAUGCGUUCCCGCAUGAAAAAUCUUGAAGAUAGCUAUGUUGAAUCCUUCACUCCUGGUUACCCUAUCACAGGAUGUGGAGUGGCUAAAGUUUUGAAGUCUGGUGAUUCAAAUUUUCAAGAAGGUGAUUUAGUUUGGGGAAUGAUUGGAUGGGAAGAAUAUAGUAUUGUAACUCCUACUCAGAGUUAUCUAUUUAAAAUUCAUGACAAGAAUGUGCCUCUUUCCUAUUAUACAGGAAUCCUUGGGAUGCCUGGGAUAACAGCUUAUGUUGGUUUUUAUGAGGUUUGUUCUCCGAAGAAGGGAGAAACUGUGUUUGUUUCAGCUGCUUCUGGAGCAGUUGGUCAACUUGUUGGACAAUUUGCAAAGAUGUUAGGUUGUUAUGUUAUUGGUAGUGCUGGAACCAAACAAAAGGUUGAUAUGUUGAAGAGCAAGUUUGGUUUUGAUGAAGCUUUUAACUACAAAGAGGAGCAGGAUUUAGAUGCAGCUUUGAAGAGGUACUUUUCUGAUGGAAUUGACAUUUACUUUGAUAAUGUUGGAGGGAAGAUGUUUGAUGCAGUUCUUCUGAAUAUGAAACUUCAUGGUCGUAUUGCUAUGUGUGGGAUGAUUUCACAAUACAACCUUAAGAAGACUGAAGGGGUGCACAACUUGCUCUGCCUCAUCGCGAAACGAAUCUGUAUGAAAGGAUUUAUUGUUUCAGAUCACUUUCAUCUCUACCCCAAGUAUAUAGAAAUGAUCAUUCCACAAAUAAAAGGCGGUAACAUGGUGUAUGUGGAAGACAUAGCUGAAGGUCUCGAAAACGCUCCCAAGGCUCUAGUUGGUCUGUUCUAUGGUCGCAAUGUUGGAAAGCAAGUUGUUAUGGUUUCACGUGAAUGAAUGGAUUCGACUCCUUUCAAUUUCCUCAAGUUUUACUUGUAAACUAAAAGAAGUGUUUUGUGAUAUUGUAUCUAAAACAUGAAAAACUGAGUUUUGUAAAGCAAUUAUGAUGAGAACAAUGCUAUAUUAUUUCAUGGAAUUGAAUG